CUUUUUUAGAGAGAGAAAAAUUGAAGAGGAAAAAAAAAUAAAGUUUUGAUCUUUGCUUCCUUUGCUUCUGCGCUGUUCGGUCUGUUUCUGUCAAUGGAGAGGCAGAAAUGCAAGCUAUGUGGUCGGGGUUUUGCCAAUGCCAAAGCUUUAGGGGGUCACAUGAAGGCCCAUCUCGCCACUCUUCCCCUUCCUCCCAAGACCGGCGGCGGUGGUGGUGGUGGUGGUGAUGAUGACUCUGCUUCUUCUUCGUCGUCUUCUUCCGGGGAGGAGCAAGGGCAAGAGCAGGAGCAGGAGCAGGAGCAGGAAAGCAAGAGCAGGGAAGUUCUGGAAGAGAAAGCUUUGGUUUAUGGGUUGAGGGAGAAUCCCAAGAAAAGUUUCAGGUUUGCAGAUCCUGAGUUCUCUUUCGCACUAGAUUCUGGGUCCGUUGUUCAAGACCGAGAGAGCGAGACUGAGUCGAGAAACCCAACUCGUAAACGAUCAAGGAGGAAUCGGAAACCGGUUACCCCGGAGGGUCGGAAGCAGAAUUUGGAAGUCAAGAAACUGAAGUCGAUGAAACCCAGUUGUGCUGAGUUCCCACUGGAGCCGGAACCGCUGAGUUCUAUCUCCGAUACUUCCCCGGAGGAAGAUGUUGCCAUGUGUCUCAUGAUGCUUUCAAGGGAUGUUUGGAAGGUCAAAGAAGUUAAGAUGGAGACGGCGGAGGAGGAGGAGGGGGAGGAAGAAGAAGAAGAAGACCCAGAAGCGGCGGAGAUCAAGUUGCGCAAGAAUCGCGGGAGGUACCGGUGUGAGAAAUGCGACAUGUCGUUUCGAUCUCCCACCGCAUUGGGCGGACACAAGAGGAUUUGCUCCGACCAGGUGAAGAAGCUGACAUUCCAAUGCCCGUUCUGUGACAGAGUGUUCGGGUCAGGCCAAGCCCUUGGUGGACACAAGAGAUCUCACAUGCUUCCAUCAAACCCAGCAACUGCAACUGCAACUUCAACCCAGCCGGAAAAGUCUCCGAUCGAUCUAAAUUUACCAGCUCCGAUGGAAGAUGACGAGUUCAGCGUGGUUUCUGACGCAUAAAUGAAACAUUCCCACCAAGCAUUUAUGAAAUUCACAUGGAUCUGGAGCUGGGUUUUUGAUUUUUCAACUGAAUUCUACUGUAGACCGCUAAAAGUUUCAUCAUUUUGUAGAUUGAAUUAAACUGCGUUUCACUGCAACUGACUUUAAUAGUUCAUUGCCUGGUUUUAAGAAUUCAUUUUUUUUCCGGGAACUGUUUUCCAAUUUCUGUUUUGGAAGAUGAAGAUUGUAACUUGUUUCAUGUGUACACCAUGUCAGAGAAAAAAGCAUUUUCUGGGUGGUUUAUUUUUCCCUAAUUGUGGACCAUGCAGCACUGAAGUCUGCAAGUACCAAAGUGGUUCAAUUCUGUUUAUGUGUCCUUUCUUCUUUGGAAGCUCCUAUUUAUUAGAAAAAAACCUACUAUUAUUA